CACACAAGCCUGAUCCACGCGAGCAAGCAGCAUCGACUCAAGAAAAUCCUCUUGCUUUCGCUAGCAAUCCUCGGGGAAGAAAAAAUAAAUCCAUCAAUGGCAGCGGGAGCAUUGUCUGGCAGCAGCAUCCUCCUGGCCGCGGCGCUGGCAGCGGCCCUGCUGGUGGCGUCGGCCUCGGCGCAGUCCGGAUGCACGACCGCGCUCGUCGGGCUGUACCCGUGCAUGAACUACAUCAGCGGCAGCGACACGGCGCCCACAAAGUCCUGCUGCUCGCAGCUCGGCUCCGUGGUGCAGUCCCAGCCGCAGUGCCUCUGCAGCGCCCUCGGCGGCGACUCGUCGUCGCUGGGCGGCGUGACCAUCAACAAGACGCGCGCGCUCGAGCUCCCCAUGGCGUGCAACGUGCAGACCCCGCCGGCGAGCAGGUGCAACGGUGGUGGCAGUGCUCCGAGCGGCGCCACGCCGGAUGUGCAGACACCGGCCGGCUCAGGAUCAAAGGCCACGCCGUCGGCGUACCUGCAAGAGAACGGCGGCUCGUCACUCCGGGGCACGGUGGGCUUGGUGUUCGUGCUGGCGGUUGCUGCAGUCUACGCCGUGGCCGCCGUGUGGUGACUGAUGCUACAGUCGACGACUCUACACCGUGUUCAGCGUUCACUCCGGUCUCCAUGGCCACUGGACUGAGCGGUUGGACUCAGAAAUUCGGUUGUUGUGUGGCAUGAUUUGAUUUUCAUAUUGGUUUAUUUGCAUUGAGCAUUGCCGAUUGGUUAGAGUUCUGUUCCACAUAUGCUUCACCUAUCACGUCAUCACGAACAGAUCCAAUAGAUUAUUACUUAUGGAUGUAUGCCUUUGCAGAGAAAGCUCAGUUCAUCAAUGAAACUACACAUCCAAAAA